UAUGGUAGAGUGAUUCAAUUUUUAAUAAUUGUCAACAUAAACUAAUCUUAAAGAAACUUGUUUGAAGUGGAAGAGAGGGGUGAACUCAGUUGAUUUGACCUUGCAAGUUUCCUUGCAAUAGCACUCUUCCUCUCUCUGUCAUAAUUCAUUUGCAAUUCCUGUUGAAACCAUGUCCCUAGAGAUAGAGACUUGGACAGUUUUGGUUGCCAUUCUGUGCAUCUUGGUCUUUAUUCUGAAGGAGAUUGUUAUGGGAGGGAAGAGUUCAAAAGGGAGUGGUAGGAGGUAUGAGUAUGAUUAUGGUGCUUCUUCAUCUUCAUGGAAUAACCAUGGUGGAUACCCUUCAUCGUACCAAACACCUCAGCACCAGCAUGCACCAGCACCACCAUCAGCUCCAUUUCAUGACUAUGCACAGCCAAAAAGGAAGUUGGAUAGGAAAUAUUCCAGGAUAGCUGAUAAUUACCGUUCUCUGGAUGAGGUUACUGCUGCACUUGCUAAUGCUGGGCUGGAAUCUUCUAAUCUCAUUGUUGGCAUUGAUUUCACAAAGAGCAAUGAGUGGACAGGGAAGAGGUCAUUCAAUCGAAAAAGUUUACAUGACAUUGGAAGUGGGCAAAACCCUUAUGAACAAGCAAUUUCUAUUAUUGGGAAAACGUUAUCUGCUUUCGAUGAAGAUAACAUGAUUCCUUGUUUUGGAUUUGGAGAUGCAUCUACACAUGAUCAAGAUGUAUUUAGUUUCUAUUCAGAAGAGAGGUUCUGCAAUGGGUUUGAGGAAGUUUUGUCGCGAUACAGACAAAUUAUUCCUUACCUCAAACUAGCAGGACCCACUUCGUUUGCUCCUGUUAUUGAAAUGGCUAUGACUAUUGUUGAACAAACUGGUGGCCAAUAUCAUGUCUUGCUAAUAAUUGCAGAUGGACAGGUGACUAGAAGCAUUGACACACAGCGUGGCUACUUUAGUCCACAGGAGCAGAAGACAGUAGAUGCAAUUGUAAAAGCCAGUGAGUAUCCACUGUCAAUAGUUUUGGUGGGAGUUGGAGAUGGACCAUGGGAUAUGAUGAGGGAAUUUGAUGAUAACAUCCCUUCUCGGGCAUUUGACAAUUUUCAGUUUGUGAAUUUUACUGAAAUAAUGGCAAGGAAUGUCGAUUCAAUGAGAAAAGAGACUGAAUUUGCCCUUGGAGCUUUGAUGGAGAUACCUUCUCAAUAUAAGGCAACCAUUGAGCUUGGAAUAUUGGGUGCACGGAGGGGACAUUCACCAAAUAGGGUUGCUCUACCCCCACCUCUUUAUAAUAGGACUUCUUCCAGCAUUAGCACAAAAUCUUCAGGGUCAAACAGUUUUCAGCAGAGGGCACCUACACAUACUGGCUAUAACAGUGGCGUUCACACAGAGCCAUCUACAAGUUCUUUAUAUGAUAAUAAGGUAUGCCCCAUUUGUCUUACCAAUGGAAAGGAUAUGGCCUUUGGUUGUGGGCAUCAGACUUGUUGUGAGUGUGGAGAAGACCUCCAAUUCUGUCCUAUUUGCCGGAGCACAAUCCAUACUAAAAUAAAGCUUUACUAGUUAGCUUGGCUGCAGAAGUGCUUUCAAUGGAAAUUUCGUUCCUUUCCAGAAUAAGGGCUGCAAAAAGGUCUGGCACGUUCCACGGAUUUUUUUUGUCCAUAAAAACAGCUUUGGCAAUUUUGAGGCGAAGCUUGUAUGCCCAGUAAGGAAGGGUUGUUUGCAGAAAGAAUUGGCCUUACACCUUUGUAUAUAUGUACUUCGUGUGUCGUGAAGGCAUCAUCAUGUUAAAAAAUAAACUCUGUAAAAAUUGCUUACAUUGUUCUGAAGAGCAUUUAUUGUUUUGGUCUUA